CCAUGAAAAUUCAAAACACCUUCCAAAGACCAAAUUGUUUAUUGAUGGUUCAUGCUCGAGAAUGUAGACAACGGAUAUUCAACUCUUAUUUGAAAAUCAAAUUGAAUAGAAGAAUCAAUAAUAUUUAAUAAGUAGUAAAUCUAUUGCGUGUUUAAUUCUUUGUUCAAAGAAGACUAUAAAUAAUUGCAAAGAUAGGUUCUUAAAACGUUAUUUUUUUAUUCUUUUUAACUAUUCCUCGCCAUAAUUUCUACAAUUUUAUUUAGGAUCAAGUCAUGUAUUGCCGAUUUCUCUAAGUGCCGCAGGAUUGCUUUUAGUAGUUGCAGUAAUACUUCUUGUCUGUUUCAUCAGAAAUAGACGUCAACAGCCAGAAAAGCCCAUUUCGCUGGAGUCCAUCCAUAGAUACGACAACCAUGCUUACAACACAGGAAUGGACGGGCUACACCACAGUACAAGAGAUACACGGCGGGACACUGACAGCACCUUCGACAGCAGCACAUGGCGCUCGACGGCUUCUACCCUGAACAACCCGGAGGUGAAUGGAACACUAAGCGGAAGUCAGUCACCGAAUGGUUCCAGUCAUGCUUCUCGUACUUCAAGGUCCGCAGUUCCAGGAGAUGGAGAAGACGCGGAGACGAGGCAGUAUUUUGUGCUGAAUCCUGACCGCGCAUCCAUGCUCGUGGAGAAUGAAGAGAAUGUAGACAGCAGGAGUCCCCGGGAUCCGGAGGCGCUGUAUGACAAUAAACCAGAGCGCUACACCUACAUCGAUGAUACCUCCUCAGAUGCCAUGGCAACGGGUGAUAGUCAUGGCUUGGGUUUAGAAGACAACGGUUAUGAUCCGGUGACCGUGAAGGACGACAUCACCGGUGGGUACCAGUACGUCGAUGACAAUGGAACGGCCGUUGCGAAUGACGCUACUAAACGUGGCGAUCUUUCAAGUCCAUAUGAAACAGUGACUAUUACAGAGCCAUCCCCGCAGUCAAAAUCGAAGAAGACUAAAUCGAGUGAGAGAAAGGUACCUGUUCCGGCGACAAGAAAGAAUAUUCCACCCAAACCCAAGGAAAGGAUGGUCGAUAAUAUUUUAUAUAAACCAAUGAAUGGUGAAAUAAGGGUUGAUAAUGUAAUAUAUAACCCUGUACAAGAUGACAGAUAAAUAUUUGUCUUAUCUUGUCUUUUGCGUUUAAUCUUUGUGUUCAUCAUGUUCAUUGGUUAGUAAUCAAGUCUAAUACUUUCAUGGUCCGUAUUAUUUGGUACGUUCAGCUUCGGGAGGUCAAUAUAUGAUGGUUUAAAUGUUAAGGGAAAUAGUUGUCUCGCUGAAAGUAAAAUUAGAUAUGAUAAUGCGAUAUCAUUUUGAAAAAAAGUACUUGAAAUAUGCUGUUUAUAUUUUUGAUACCUCCGUAAAAGUUUUUUAUAAUGUAGUAAUAUUUUCGAAAACACUCAUCAACCUACUACACAAUCAUGGUGCCAGCUAUGAAAGCUGUUUCUCCUUUCUACAUCAUUUCCUUUCUCCAUUCAUAUUGUAUAAAAGCUUGUGAUUUUUUUGUGGCGCACUGUAAAUUUUGUGACGAAUGUGCUUUGUUUUUAAAUGCAUAAGCGUAAUGUGUUAUAUGAUUAUAUCUGCGAAUACUUGAAGUAUGCUAUUUUAUAUUGUCAGAUAUUGACAUAUCCUCAUGAUUUUGAUAUAAAAAAAUUAGGAGCAGAAAACCAUGAUAAUAUAACUAUAGUUAGCUCAUGAUACCAAAUUGUCUAUUUACUUAGACAAUUUCAAUAAUUUGGGAUUUGAGAUUACGCGUGUGAUGGGAAUGUUUUAUGCUACAAGGGGAAUACUUCAUGAAACUGUUUUUUCUGAACGUAAAUUCGGCCCCAUACUUCCUGUCUGGCCCGCUUAUAAUAUAGGCUCAUUACGCACCUGGUUUGAAUUGGUUCCGUAUUUACUUUAUGUAUAUUCAGUAUCAAAUUUAAAUACUGCAAAAUCUUCUAGGUCUCUAUAAGCAUUUUGUUCUUUAAACUAUCUCCUUUGGUUCCCAUUUUUUUAUUUAUUUUAUUAAUAUUAAUCACAUUCCUAAUGACCCCACCUCAUUUUAGCCUACUAUCUCUUGGCACUUGAAGGAUACUUAUAUUUUCGUCCAAAUGCAUUUUCAUUAUAUUUGCAGACACAUCCUACACUGUAAAAACUGGGGUGUUAAAACUGACACCAAUUGGUGUUAA